UGCCCUCUCUCUCUCUCCACUAUUUCUUACCCACCAGCCUCUCGCCUCGCCUUUGCCUCGCCGCCCCAGAUCUAAGGCUCCAUAAGAUGAGCUACUACAACCAGCAGCAGCCUCCCGUCGGAGUUCCCCCUCCCCAAGGUUAUCCGCCGGAGGGGUACCCGAAAGACGCCUACCCGCCACCGGGGUACCCACCACAGGGUUACCCGCCGGCCGGUUACCCGCAGCAGGGGUACCCACCGCCUGGAUACCCUCCGCCGUACGCUCAACCGCCGCCGCCGCAGCAGAGCAGCGGGCCUUCCUUCUUGGAGGGAUGCUUGGCCGCUCUUUGCUGUUGCUGUCUUUUGGAUGCUUGCUUUUGAGUUGGAGCCAAGGUCGGGGGGGAUAAACUCGUGCGUCCUGUUUGCAAGACGUGGCGUUUCUUCUUAGAUCAGAAAUUAUCAAAUCCGACUAUGAUUCCCUUUUUUUUUUCCUAUAGUUCUUUCUAGUUUUUAGAUCGAUCUGUUCAUCGUAUGAAGGAGAACUGGAAAUCGAUGUGGGGAUCGGGUUUCUCAGUUGGCAUCGUAAUUAUGUUUCUUCUCUUAGAAAAUUUGCUGUUCUUCUCGGUA